UUUUCUUUCUUGGUCUUUUUUUCUGGGUUGUAACUUCUUUGUCGCUUCCGUGGUGAGCCGAAAAAUCUUAGAAGAAUUGCAGCCGUCAUGGGAGGAGGCAAUGGCCAGAAAUCAAGGAUGGCUCGUCAGAAAAACAUGGAGAAGAACAAACCUGCUAGAGGCAGUCAGCUGGACUCAAACAAGAAAGCCAUGACGAUCCAGUGCAAGGUGUGCAUGCAGACGUUCAUAUGCACCACAUCAGAGAUGAAGUGCAAAGAACAUGCCGAAACAAAGCACCCAAAAUCUGACAUCUAUGCUUGUUUCCCUCACCUUAAGAAAUGAAUGAAAUUAUCCAUGAAGGAAAAGAAAAGAACUUGCAGGUUGGACUUGAGUUUCCAUUUCUUGUAUUUUCUUUUAUCAUAAAAUCUUAAGUAUGUCAAAAAAAU